AUGGACAUUCCUGGGCUGAACAGUGGAGUUCCCAGGCUGUGUACACAAAGCUUAUUUACUGUUUUGGGUGAACUAAGGCCAUGUGGAAAGAAAGAAACAGAAACAUGCUUGGUGGGAGUAACGGUUAUCCUAAAUGACGAUGAAACUAUAAUUGAGUUGAACCCUUCAGGGGAUGUAUACGUAAAUUUUAUAUACACUCAGCUGCCAAUAUCUGCAGCUAAUUUUACUAUCUUCAAACCAUCUCCUUUAUAUAUUGUUCUGAACACAAACUUUGGACUCCAGAUUAUAAGUCAGAUCAUACCCAUAAUGCAGUUGUAUGUGGUUCUGGAACCAUCUUAUUCGUCCCAGACAUGUGGACUCUGUGGAAACUACAACAACAGGCAAUCAGAUGAAUUCAAAAUCAUCAGUGGGAUUGUAGAGGGUACUGCAGUCUCUUUUAUUAAUACCUGGAAAACAGAAGCAAAUUGUCCAAGUGUUAACAUUGUCUUUGAUCAUCCAUGUUCAAUAAGUGUGGAAAGUGAGGUAUACGCUAAACAUUGGUGUGGUCUUCUUCUUGAUCCUGAUGAUGUAUUCGCUGCAUGUCACAUUCUUGUAAAUCCAAACAUUUACUAUCAGGUUGCUGCCAGUCAUAUUCUUCCUUCCUUUGUUGUUCUGUGCGGUGGUAAUUUCCCUUGUGUUGCAUAUAGUUGCUACUACCUGGUUCAUAUUGAUAAUCAUUACCUUUAUGACCUUGCCUUAAGUCUCUCUCAUUAUUAUGCAAUAUGUACUGCUCCAAUGGUCUUUGUUGAUUGCAGCAAAUCUGAACCAGAUGCCAAUGGAGCUGAAUGCUUUAAAAGUUGUCAAACUCUGGAUUUGCAGUGUUACAGCACAAGAUGCAAAUCUGGCUGUGUCUGCCCUCCUGGACUUGUUUCUGAUGAAAACGGUGGCUGCAUCGAUCCUAUCAAUUGUCCAUGCAUUCACAAUGAGGCCAUUUAUAAUACAGGCGACGAGAUCAAAAUUAGAUGUAACACUUGUGUUUGCAAGGAUAGAAUGUGGAAAUGUACCAACAAUACUUGUCUCUCAACCUGUACUGUUUAUGGAGAUGGACACUAUAUUACAUUUGAUGGGAAACGUUACAGCUUUAAUGGAGACUGUCAAUAUACUCUGGCAGAGGAUUACUGCAACCUGAAUUCCAGUGAAAGCAACUUUAGGAUUAUCACGGAGAACAUUGCAUGUGGUACAGCAGGAACCACCUGCUCCAAAUCUAUAAGGAUCUUUCUAGGGACCUUUGAGCUUAUCCUUGCUGACGAUCAUCUAAAUGUAAUAAAAAGAGGCUUCGGAGUGCCUGUUCCAUACAGGGUCCGUUUAAUGGGUAUUUAUUUGGUGAUAGAGACUAAGAGUGGAUUGCUGCUGUUGUGGGAUAAGAAAACCAGCAUAUUUAUCAAAGUAUCCAGUGAAUAUAAGGGGAAACUUUGCGGACUCUGUGGUAACUAUGAUGGAAAUAGAAAUAAUGAUUUUACUACCCGAGGCAAUGCGGUUGUAGCAAGCACUGAUGAAUUUGGAAACAGCUGGAAAAUGUCUACAAACUGCCCAGAUGCAAAAGACACCAAGGAUCCCUGUAUCAUUAACCCCUACAGACAAUCAUGGGCACAAAAACAAUGCAGUAUUAUCAAUAGCAAUGUAUUCUCUGCUUGCCACCCAUACGUGGAUCCAUUGAAAUAUUAUGAGGCCUGUGUUUCCGACUCUUGUGCUUGUAACACUGGAGGAGACUGUGAAUGUUUUUGCACCGCUGUUGCUGCUUAUGCUCUGGCCUGUGGAGAUUUGGGUAUUUGUAUUUCAUGGAGGACACCAGUCAUCUGUCCUUUAUUCUGUGAUUACUACAACCGGGAUGGAAAUUGUGAGUGGCACUAUAAAGCUUGUGGAUCCCACUGUAUGAAGACCUGUAGGAAUCCCAUGGGGAAAUGCUCUUAUGAGAUAAGAGGUUUAGAAGGGUGUUACCCAAAAUGCCCAGAGGAUAAGCCCUUUUUUGAUGAGGAUGAAAUGGAAUGUGUAUCAGUAUGUGGCUGCUAUGAUGGAGACAGGAAGCACUAUAAACUGGGUGCCAUAGUCCCUACAAAUGAAAACUGCACAGUCUGUUUUUGUACCUUAAAUGGUAUUGAAUGCAAGUACAAAGUAGAAGCUUGUAAGUGCAAGUAUCAAGGAAAGAUUUAUAAAUACAAUGAAGUCAUUUACAACACCACAGAUAAUAUUGGAGGCUGUAUUAUUGCAAUAUGCAAAGAAAAUGGAACCAUCUAUAGAGAAGUCUACCCAUGUCCUACAACAUCUGCUCGAACAACCCCAUUAGAGUUUACUACUGAGAGUUCUACAGAUCUUUCUGAAUAG